UCCCAUAGUUUGACGUCCCUAUCUCUGAUUAUUUCUGCAAUUGGUGUGUAACUGGUUGUGUACUCGUAUCUAGCAGCACGCUUACAAAAACGAUCGACUUGCAAUAAAUACUUGCUGUCGUAUGCACAGGCCCAGACUUCAAUAUCAUAAUAGAACAGGGACAUGAGGAGACUGUCAAACAAAAGAGUGAGUUCUUGCAUGGUGUAUCCGUAAAAUUUACAAACUCUUAAAAUGUAUAACCUACUGCUGGCCUUAGAAAUCAUUUGUUCAAAAUAAGUGUCCCAAUUACAUGGUUGUUCAUUGAACGUCACGCCUAGUAAUUCUUCGAGUUAGAGCUUAUUUUUUAGCGUGCCAUAUCCCGACUAAAAAACCCUUGUAUCAUUGAUACCCGGUCACGUGGUCUAGUUACAUAGACAUAGCAACACUAGCUCGUCUGAAUCCUCGGCUGCACACAAAUCAACUUGUGUAUCACAAUGGCGUCCGCCACACAGUACAAACUAGCUCGUUGUGUAAAAAAUGGGCCUCCACAGAGAACCCCGGAGGAGCUAAAGCUUCUAGAGAAAGGCUUUGUGCUCGACAACAUAGCUGUUAGCACUUUAGCUGACGACUCUGGCCGCGCAAACCCCAAAAUGAAUACCGCGAUACCACCAUACAAUGCCCAAAAGGACAAGCAUGCUACCGAUUAUUUCACCAAGAGAACGGUCCAGAGAUUGCUAACACGAACGCAACAGCGCCCCCCAGGGGACUCAAUAAUGGGUAAACAAAUGGAUAAGUUCUACACCAGAGGGAUGAUGGGGGCCUACCUAACAUACCGUAACAGUGCAGGAGCAGGUCACUCUAAAGGUCAAGUCGGAGGGCAUGGAAUGUUCAUGGAAAACCUCCCACCAAUAAAUGGAUGGCAUGGGCCAUUUGGAUUCAGGAGGAACACGCCCUGGCUAAGACGACAACCUUCAGUAUUCAUAGGGAAAAUCGACAGCAGAUCAGUUGUGCCUUAGCAAAUUUGACACCCUCUAUCAGCUGGAAUUUUGAGAUGUAUGUGUAAAGGAAAAGAUAGAAGCUUGUGUUGUUAGCAGAGGUACUUCUGUAGAUGAGCUUGAUGAUAAGGUAGGAUUGAAGGCAUAGUUUGAGAAGGGGAUAAUACUGAACCGUUAGGGAUGUUUUAUAUGGAUAUGGAUAUAUUUAUUUUUGCCUAGUAUAGUCUAGAUGUUGUUCACAAGUGUCACUUCCCCAUAUUGUCUACAAAAAAAACAUAAUAUAUUAAAUUAUCAAAGUCAGAAUUGGGCUGCCAAAAGACUGUUGCAAAUAGUAGUUUUAAUUGCCUGUAAAUAUUGUCCUAGUUAUACUUUGUGUGACUCAUGCUGUAAAAGAGAUAUGUACUGUACUAUUUAAUAAAUCAUUUAUUUUUCUACUA